UCUGGACCUUUUGCUUUGCCAAUUUUAGGGAAUUUACAUCAAUUAGGAAAAUUACCACAUCAUAUUUUAACAGAUUUUCAUAAGGUGUAUGGACCUAUCUAUCGUUUAUUCUUCGGUGAUAUUUAUACUGUUGUGGUUUCAGAUCCAUCAUUGAUAAAACAAAUCUGUAUCGAUAAUGCAGAUUUAAUUGGUAAUAAUAGACCAGUAACACCAAUUUUUAAACAUGUUCAAGGUGGUAGAGGUUUAUCGACAUCAAAUUUUGAACAAUGGCACAAAAAUAGAAAUAUUUUAAACAAUGCAAUGAAAAGGUCAUCAACCAAAAAGAUUUAUGAUCUUUUAGGCCAUCAAGCAAAUGAAUUGGUAAAAUCAAUGAAAAAAUUCUCUACCUCAGGUGAACCAUUUGAAAUUCAUUUAUAUGCACAUAGAUAUAGUUUGGCAACAAUGUUUAAAUAUCUAUUUGAUGAAAAUAUUGAUUACAAUGAAGAUAUCUCAAAAAGCAAGGUUGCAGAAUUCAAUACACUAUUUGUUAAUAUUAUUAAAGAUCUUUCAACUGGUAAUUUAGGUGACUUUAUUAAUAUUCUUUCACCAUUUUAUUAUUGGUAUUUAAGUUUAACUGAAAAAAAUGUAAACCUAAUUAAAGAUUUCCUAAGAACAAAGUAUGAUAACCAUUUAUCAACUAUUGAUUUCGAAAACCCAAGAGAUUUCUUAGAUAUUUUAAUCAAAGAAUAUGGAACAAAGAAAGACACUAAAGAAUCAAUUGUUUCUGUUUGUUUUGAUUUAUUUUUAGCUGGUAGUGAUACUGUUGCAAUAACUAUGGAAUGGUUCACCUUAAGAAUGUGCAAUAACAAAGAUAUUCAAGAAAAAGCUUAUAAUGAAUUAAAAAAUGUUGCUGGAGAUAGAAACUACUUAAAACUAUCUGAUCGUGCAUCAACACCAUUUUUUAAUGCAGUUAUUAAAGAAACAUUAAGAUCAAGUCCUGUUUCAGCAUUUGGUUUACCAAAGUAUUCAAUUCAAGAUAUUAAUAUUGGUGAUCACUUUAUUCCUAAACAUUCACAAAUUUUAAUCAACUAUAGGGGUUUAAGUUAUAACGAAAACUAUUUCGAAAAUCCAAAAGAAUUCAAUCCAUUAAGAUUUUUAAAUAAAAAUAAUGAUGCCUAUAUGCCUUUUAGUAUUGGUGAAAGAUCAUGUGCCGGAACCACCCUAGCUUCUGACGAAUUGUAUUUAGCAUUAUCAAACAUUUUAUUAAACUUUGAAAUCUCAAGUAUUGAUGGAAAAAUUAUUGAUGACAGUGAAAUAUUUGGUUUAACUUUAAAACCAAAUCCUUUUAAAGUUAGUUUAAAAUCAAAAUAUUAA